GACGAGUUCAUCAAGAAGAACGAGCUCACCGAGCAGCUGAAGGCCAUCAACCUGAAGAGGAAGCUGGCGAGGCGGCUGCUGGAGACGAAGAAGCGCCUCAGGACUGCAAACCGUAUCCUGCAGAGCGUUUUUUAUGAAUACUUUUCCGCGGCUAGCGGGGUGGGUGAGCCCUACCACAGGCCGGUCGCCAGCGACAUCGGGAAUGACGACAAGGAAGGCGAGGAAGAUCGAGAGGAUUCCGGCGUAAAGCUGGCAAAAAUGCAGCAGCUGGACUUCUACGAGGAGGAGUGCGCCAAAACAGUUCCAGAAGAGUUCAACAUCGGCGAUGAUAGCAUCGCUGUGGGCAUUGAGAAGAUCAGGAAGCACAGAAAGGACAAUCAUGACACGAGGGACCAGACGAAGGAGUUCGGAUAUGGCGUCCCCAUCGUAUCAGGGGACGACUUCAGAACGGAACAGCUGGUCAAGGAGGCCAUCGAACGCUUCGGGCGCGACUGGGCGGAGCAUAAUCUGAACGAGCAUCUCCUGAAGGACGCGGCGCUGCAGGAUGCUGUUGGCGCCUGAGUCCUCCUCGCUGUCCACUAGCGCCGAUAGCCGCCAGCGUUGCG